CCAUUUACAAACUCCCAUACAUAUAAACGAUUUAUACUCUGAAGGGACAUAAAAGAACUAUAACCUGAUAAAGAAUUCUACGAUACUUUUUAUUUAUAAACCGGCAAGAAUUCAAUAAUGUCAAAUUUAGAGGCAGCAGUAAAAUCUUCUGUAGAAGAUACAAAUUCCGAAACCCGCCGUUUAGUAGUCGUUUCUAACCGUUUACCAAUUACUAUUAAGCGUAAAGACAAUGGUACUUAUGACUUUAGCAUGUCUUCUGGUGGCUUGGUCAGUGCCUUGAGUGGUCUGAAAAAAUUAAUGACAUUUCAAUGGUUAGGAUGGUGUGGACAAGAAAUUCCCGAGGAAGAAAAGCCUAUGAUUGUUGAGCGACUACAAAAUGAGUACAGUGCCAUUCCCGUUUUCUUAGAUGAUGAGCUAGCAGAUCGUCAUUAUAAUGGAUUCAGUAAUAGUAUUUUAUGGCCCUUAUUCCAUUACCACCCCGGUGAAAUUAGUUUUGACGAGGAAAACUGGGAAGCAUAUAAAAAAGCUAAUAUGGCGUUUGCCGAGGCCAUUGUUGAGAGCUUACGCGAUGGUGAUCUGAUCUGGGUUCAAGAUUAUCACCUUAUGAUGCUACCUCAGUUACUCCGUGAAUUGAUUGGAAAUAAGUUGAAAAACAUCAAAAUUGGUUGGUUCCUCCAUACUCCAUUCCCAAGUAGUGAAAUUUAUCGUGUUUUACCCGUCCGCAAUGAAAUCCUAGAAGGGGUUUUGAAUUGCGAUUUGGUCGGAUUCCAUACCUACGAUUACGCUCGCCACUUUCUUUCUGCUUGUUCUCGAAUCCUUGGUCUUAGUACGUUGCCAAACGGCGUUGAAUACAAUGGUCAAAUGGUAAGUGUCGGAACUUUCCCCAUUGGAAUUGAUCCAGAGAAAUUCGCAGACGCUUUACGAUCCGAUGCUGUUCAGGAACGGAUUACUACGGUGGAGCGCCGGUUACAAGGCGUUAAAGUUAUUGUUGGCGUUGACCGCCUUGAUUACAUCAAAGGUGUUCCUCAAAAAUUCCAUGCUUUUGAAGUUUUCUUAGAACAAUACCCCGAAUGGGUAGGUAAAGUCGUGUUGGUUCAGGUUGCAGUUCCAUCACGUCAGGAUGUGGAAGAAUAUCAAAACUUACGAGCUGUUGUCAAUGAACUUGUUGGACGUAUUAAUGGCCGCUUUGGAACCAUAGAAUAUACCCCAAUUCACUUUUUGCAUAAGAGUGUUCGAUUCGAGGAAUUGGCUGCCUUGUACAACAUUUCGGAUGUAUGUUUAAUUACCUCUACCCGUGAUGGUAUGAAUUUGGUAUCAUACGAAUAUAUCUGCACUCAGCAGCAACGUCAUGGUGCCUUAAUUCUCAGUGAGUUUGCUGGUGCAGCUCAGUCUCUGAAUGGCAGUAUCGUGAUCAACCCUUGGAAUACGGAGGAAUUAGCGAAUGCCAUUCAUGAAGCAUUAACCUUGCCAGAUAACCAGAGAGAAGCAAAUCAACAGAAGCUGUAUCGAUACGUCAGUAAAUACACUAGUCAAUUCUGGGGUCAAAGCUUCGUUGGAGAACUACAACGCAUCCAACAUUACAGCCAUCCCAAGAGACCUACUCCUGUGUUGAAGACGAAAUCUGCUCAGAUCUUGUCUAUGUCUAACGAUUAGAUUGGCAGAAAUCCGGACAUAAACGAAAUUAAUAAUGACUGGAUUCGUUGUUUGCCCAGAUGUCGACUAUUCUUUUACAGUAUACGUGAUACUCCAGUAUGAAAGCUUAUAGUCGAUAUUAACGUUAUCUCGAAAUUUUCUAAUCAUUUUCCCCAGUCAAAUUUCUAAACUUGUCAACAUUCCCUUUUCUUUCUUGUGUUUAUGGUUAUCAAGAUGGGUAUCUAUAUAUAUAUAUGAUUUUUGCCGAUUGAUAAAUUCUUGCGAGUAGAAUGAUUUUAUGUUUUAACUUAUUUUAUGCAAAAAGUUAAUGAAGAAAUAUUAUGAAAAUGAAUACUCUUUAUUUCAAUUCAUUAGUAUACUAAGGAUUUACAGCAAAUUCUCGAUAGAUAUAAACAUAGCU